CUACUUUACCGAUAUAUUUGUGUUAAUUGUAAAUGUCGUAUUUGGUUUUGCGCUUUUUGUAGUGAGAGUUUUGUGAGAUAGUUGUUGAAUUUGGGGAUAUCCAAUUUAUUCAGGAUAAACACGGAAAAUCUGAUGGAAUGAUUGUGAAUUAGCGAGAAAGAAGACAAGACAAAACACAAGUGAAAAUGGCAGCUCUUGGUCAUCAAGCCGCUGCGGCUUCAUUGCUCGACUUUAACCAGAAGUUAGACAUCAACCUUCUGGAUAGUGUGGUUGUAAGUAUGUAUGCAGGAAAUGGAGAGACACAACGAAUUGCACAAGAUGUUCUAACAACUUUAAAAGAGCAUCCGGAUGCGUGGACAAGGGUUGAUACAAUACUCGAAUAUUCAACAAAUCAGCAAACUAAGUACUACGCUCUGCAAAUUUUAGAACAGGUCAUUAAAACACGAUGGAAGAUCCUGCCAAGGAACCAGUGUGAAGGUAUUAAAAAAUAUAUAGUGUCUCUCAUCAUUAAAACAAGCUCGGAUCCUGAAACAUUGGAGAUAAACAAAACCUAUCUUAAUAAGUUGAAUAUGAUAUUGGUGCAGGUUCUGAAACGAGAGUGGCCUAAAAACUGGGAAAGUUUUAUUCCUGACAUUGUGGGUGCAAGUAAAACAAACGAGAGUUUAUGUCAAAAUAAUAUGAUAAUUUUGAAACUGCUUAGUGAGGAACUAUUCGAUUUUUCAUCAGGACAGAUUACACAAACUAAAGCUAAGCAUCUUAAAGAUACAAUGUGUUCCGAAUUCUCAGCAAUUUUUCAUUUAUGCCAGUUUGUUUUGGAGAACUCACAGAAUCCACCUCUAGUGAAUGCCACACUGGAAACUCUUCUUCGUUUUCUGAAUUGGAUACCUCUCGGCUACAUAUUCGAAACUAAUUUGAUCAACACAUUGAUCUUCAAAUUUUUACCAGUUCCUAUGUUUCGCAAUAUUACUUUGAAAUGCCUCACAGAGAUUGCAGGAGUAACUGUUAGCAAUUACGAUGAAAUGUUUGUCCUCUUAUUUAAUCAGACGAUGAUUCAAUUAGAGAUAAUGUUACCUGUUAUGACUGACAUCAAAUCAGCUUAUGCUUGUGGGCAAGAUCAAGAGCAGAACUUCAUCCAAAAUUUGGCUUUAUUCUUGUGUUCAUUCUUGAAAGAGCACAGCAACAUUGCAGAAAAUCAAUUUGCUACUUUGGGGAAAGCACUUCGAUAUCUUGUACUGAUUUCUGAAGUAGAAGAGGUUGAGAUUUUUAAAAUAUGCCUGGAGUAUUGGAAUACUUUGGCAUCUGAUUUGUAUCAAGAAGUGCCUCAUGGAGGAGCGCGUCCAAUAUUUUUUGGAAAUAGUCGUCCCACUUGUACAAAAGAGACUUCUGUAAACAUGUAUCAUGAACUGUAUAAAGAAGUAUUGAACAAAGUUCGAUAUAUUAUGAUUUCACGAAUGGCAAAGCCUGAGGAGGUGUUGGUUGUUGAGAAUGAUAAUGGGGAGGUAGUGAGAGAAUUUAUGAAAGAUACUGACUCAAUUAACUUAUAUAAGAAUAUGCGUGAAACACUUGUUUAUUUAACUCACUUGGACUGUGCUGAUACUGAACGUAUUAUGACAAACAAGUUACAAAACCAAGUCAAUGGUAGUGAAUGGUCUUGGAAGAAUUUGAAUACGCUCUGUUGGGCUAUUGGAAGCAUAUCUGGUGCAAUGCAUGAAGAAGAUGAAAAAAGAUUUCUUGUUACUGUUAUUAAAGAUCUUCUUGGUUUGUGUGAACAGAAACGUGGUAAAGACAAUAAGGCUAUUAUUGCUUCUAAUAUUAUGUAUGUAGUGGGACAGUAUCCACGAUUUUUAAGAGCACACUGGAAAUUUUUGAAAACUGUUGUAAAUAAACUUUUUGAGUUCAUGCACGAAACUCAUGAUGGUGUUCAAGACAUGGCGUGUGAUACUUUUAUAAAGAUUGCUUUGAAAUGUAGAAGGCAUUUCGUUACUACACAAAUUGGAGAGUCUUGCCCUUUCAUUGAAGAUAUUUUGGCUUCAAUAUCCACCAUUAUAUGCGAUCUACAACAGCAACAAGUUCAUACAUUUUAUGAAGCCGUGGGAUAUAUGAUAUCUGCUCAGGUAGAUGCUGCAACUCAAGAAGCACUAAUAGAAAAGUACAUGUUGUUACCCAAUCAGGUUUGGGAUGAUAUCAUCAGCCAGGCCAGUAAAAACGUUGACUUUUUGAAAGAGAUUGAAAUUGUUAAGCAGUUAGCAAGUAUAUUGAAAACUAACGUAAGGGCUUGCAAAGCACUCAAUCAUGCUUAUGUUUUACAACUUGGUCGCAUCUACUUAGACAUGCUGAAUGUCUAUAAGGUUAUGUCAGAAAACAUAACAGCAGCUAUUCAACUUAAUGGAGAGAUGGUCACGAAACAGCCUUUGAUCAAAUCCAUGAGGGUGGUAAAAAAGGAAACCUUGAAACUCAUAUCAGAUUGGAUAUCAAGAUCGCACGACAAUGGUAUGGUCUUAGACAAUUUCAUCCCCCCAUUUUUAGAUGCCGUUCUUCUGGAUUAUCAGAGAACGCAGGUACCUGCUGCUAGGGAACCUGAAGUAC